AUGUUGACCGCAACAAAUUAUCCGUCCGCGGUUUUUGUCGAAAAAUCGGGCAUCGAAAUCUGUCUUGUCGGUGAUUCGUUGGCGAUGGAGAUGCUUCAUCAUUGCAAAGCUGUUGCUAGAGGUGCAAAAUCACCGUUUCUUGUGGCUGAUAUGCCUUUUGGCAGCUAUGAAAUGGGAUCAGUAGAUGCGGUGAAAAAUGCAAUUCGAUUUAUUAAAGAAGCAAAUAUGGAGGCGGUAAAAUUGGAAGGCGGUAUCGAAAUCGCGGAGACUAUUCAAAAAAUUACCAGUGUCGGUAUUCCAGUCAUGGGUCAUGUAGGAUUAACCCCACAACGUCGAACAUCUUUAGGUGGAUUCCGCGUACAAGGAAAUACUGCAAAGAAAGCACUAAAACUGCUCGAAGAUGCAAAAGCGCUUCAAGAAGCUGGUUGUUUCGCAAUAGUUCUUGAAGCCAUUCCCGAAAUGGUGGCUGCAUACACGACAAAAAAUUUAAAAAUACCAACUAUUGGGAUCGGUGCAGGUGUACAUACCAGCGGACAGGUUCUAGUUCAACAAGAUAUGCUUGGAAUUUUUGAUCGUUUCGUGCCUCGGUUCUGUAAACAGUAUGCAUCUCUUGAUAAUACUAUUGUAGAAGCAUUGAGAUCUUAUCGAGAUGAAGUGAAGACUGGCGUUUUUCCCACCAAAUCUCAUUGCUAUCCAAUGGCAGAAAUUGAAUUGGAAAAAUUUAUAGAAGGCAAAGAAUUAUCGACACCUAUCGUGAAUAAUCGACAACAUUAA